AUUACAGGCAAAAGCCAAUUUAGUGCUGAAGCUAUCUACCGCCACAGGCAACGUAAGGCGACGCUACUUAACUGAAUCGUUACACCCGUCGCCUAACAAAAGCUUUUAUGGCGACAGCAGUGGGAACUAAUGCCCUUGGAAUAGAUGCCAAUAACUUUUUUACGCGUGGGACGGCGGGCCAGACUGACAAUGUCGGGAAAUCUAUGGUGCAGCUCCACGCGGAGCAGAUGCAGCUAGAGAAGGAGAAAACCGCAUUGCAGAAACUUUCGAUCCUGCUGCCGCAAUUGGGCUUCUUUGUAAGGGUCGUGGCUUUGCGUGAGACCAACUGGGACGUGGACAAGGCGCUUGCGCUGCUGCGACGAUUCGUCGCUGAAAAUGACCUUAAGCUGAAAGCCCUCCAAAAGAAACGCAGAAAAGUUCAACGGGAGUUAGAAAAGGAGCAGGACGAGCCAAGCACAAGCAGUAGCUCGGACAGCGGCUCCGCCUCGAGCGACUCUGGCGGGGAGUAUGGCUCGGAUUCCGAAGGGGGAGAGCGUAAGAAGCGGAAGCGCGUUGAGAAGGACAAGAAGCUGAAGAAGCGGGGCAAGGACAAGGACAAGACGAAGCGCAGCAAGGGCAAGGUCAGGGACAAGGCAGCAGCGGCAGCACGGACGCUCACACACUCGGAGGACUUUGGCAAGUACGGCAUCAUCCGGGAGAGCGACGCUUACGCGAAGCGCAACGAGUUCAUUUUGUGGGCCUUAGAGGUGAAGAAGACGGAUGUGGAGAAUUUGGGCAAGUUUGAGGAACGUGACCUGUUCAAGGACUACAUGGAGGACUACAACACGGGCACGCUACCACAUCGCAAGUACUAUGAUUUGGAGGCGUACGAGCGGGCGCGUGCCGCCAAAGCGGCCGCCAAGGGUGCCAAGCAUGCAGCCAAGAAGAAAAGCGCUCUCAACGAUGAGGAGGCGCUGCGGCAACAAAGGGCGGAGGAGCGGCAGCGGCUUGCGGCAGAACGCAUGGUGGAUGCUUACCGCGAGAUCAAGUACAGCGACAAGGGGCAGGACAUGCGCGAGCAGGAGAUGCUUCGUGCCCAGAUGGCGCUGGCGUACAAGACUGGUGACGUUAGCAAGGCGCAUCGGCUGCUGGAUCGCCUGCAGCCUGACGAGCUGAAGAAGAAGUGA